CUAGGUCCCUCCCUGGCGUCACUUCCCAACCAGAGCAAACCCGCCUGGCUGCGUCAGCGCGCGCCGCAGGGCCUAGUGUACUCCGGCCUCAAAUCCCAGCUCCGAAACCUCAAACUUGCAACGGUUUGUGAGGAGGCGCAGUGCCCAAACAUUGGGGAGUGCUGGAAUGGCGAGCUGGCCACCGCCACCAUCAUGCUCUUAGGCGAUACCUGCACACGCGGCUGCCGUUUCUGUGCCGUGAAUACGGCCCGUACACCGCCGCCGCCGGAUCCCGACGAGCCCACCAACACCGCCGCCGCCGUGGCGUCGUGGGGUGUUGGUUACGUAGUGCUGACGUCGGUGGACCGAGACGACAUGCCUGACGGCGGGGCGGACCACUUUGCUCGUACUGUUCGUACACUGAAGGAGCUACGGCCCAGCAUCCUAGUGGAGUGCCUCACUCCGGAUUUCCGCGGGGAUCUGGACGCGGUCCGGCACCUGGCGCGAUCCGGUCUGGACGUGUACGCGCACAACGUGGAGACCGUCGAGCGCCUGCAGCGCCGCGUUCGCGACCCCCGGGCCGGCUACCUGCAGACUCUGAACGUGCUGCGCGCCGCCAAGGAGUGCGGUGUGUACACCAAGUCCUCCAUCAUGCUGGGGCUCGGGGAGACGGACGACGAGGUCAUUGACACGAUGCUGGACCUCAAGGCUGCUGGAGUGGAUAUCUUCACACUGGGGCAGUACCUGCAGCCCACCCAGCACCACCUGCCGGUGAGCGAGUUUGUGACGCCGGAGAAGUUUGAGUACUGGCGCAAGUUUGGGCAGGAGGAAAUCGGGUUCCGGUACGUGGCAAGCGGACCCAUGGUUCGCUCUUCCUACAAGGCCGGUGAGUUCUUCCUGCACUCGAUGAUCGAG